AUGUCUCAACUUGACCCUGCCUAUUUUGAAAAACUAAAAGAUUAGAUUAACAACAUGAACAAUAAUAAUGAGAACUUUACAGAAAAAAACAUCUUGGAUAUUCGAGAACGUUUAGCUCGAAUUUCAGAAGAGGUACAUCAAGAAAGAAAUAGAGACACAAAUCAUGUAUUAAUUGAUAAAAUUGUUUCUAGCAGGUCCUUUAAAAUAAUUAGAGAAUUUUCGUUGAAAAUUGUUUAAGUUUUAUUGUUUAUGUGUUACAACAUGUUGAUCCUUAAACAUCUCGCAAUACAAAAUUUUUAAUUCGAGCUGCCAUCUUAGAAUUAUUACAGAAGAAAAUUCUUCUAUAACACAUGACAUUUCAAGUUGUUGAGUAAAUGACAAUUGUUUUAGAAAAAGACAACGAAAAUAAUGCAGCUAUAGCUAUUCGCAUAAUCAAUGAUCUAUUAAAGUCGAACCAAUAAUAAUCUCAUUAAUUCUAAAGAUCGAAUACUCUAUUCUCAGAUUAAUUGCUUUUGAGACUAUAUUCCUUCUUCGAGCAACGGAUUGAAUUCUUAGUUAAAUUUAAUAAUGAACUCAAGAGAUCUCAAUAUAAGAAACUCUUAGGAGAUAAUUAAAGUAAUCCAUUUUAAGAUCAGAAUUAUGUUUUAUCAACAGAUAAUGAAGAUAGAAAAGAGAAAGACAUUAGACUAAAUAUCCAUAGCUUAUCCUUUGUUACUAAUAUACCAACAUUUUUUAUUUACACAAUAUUUGUUUUAGAUUCUAUAGUUAAAGAUGAAGUAAUCAUUAAAUAAUAUGUAGACCAAAAUUUAGAUGAGAGAAAUCUUGAAGAGAGCCUUAAAGACUAUGAACUUAGUGAUAAAUGAAACUAAUUUCUAAGAUUUAUUGUAGAAAGUCCCAAGAAAUAUUGUUUAAGAACUUUUUAAUGCCUAUUCUAAAUUUUUAUAAUUACUUGCUCUUACAAUCAAAAGGGAUGAUAGUUCAAUACAGCCUUAAUCACGGAUAAUUAAAGAUAUGUCUGAUACAAUUAAAUUAGAUUCAGUUGUUUCCACUAUCAUAAAAACCCUUAAACAUUGUCCUGUUGAUUUAAUGCAUCUAAGGAUUGAUAUUAGUUAUCGUCUCAAACAAUCGCUUAUUUAAAAACGAGAUCCUAUUUAAUAAAAUGAAAUAACAGAUAAAAUCAAUGAAAUAAAUGUAAAUGUAGCUGAAUUGAUUGAUGAAGAAACAAUUAUUGGUAAGAAUUUAAAAAUACCACCAUAUUAAAAGUCUAAUAUGUAUCAAAAUUGGUUAGAUAUUGUUAAAAAUGUAGUCUAAAGUUAUCUUCCAAAGAAUGAACAAUAAACAUAAUAACCUAAUAAUUUAGAAAAAUAGCAAAUAGAAUUUAUUAAUAAUCAAUAAUAUAUGGAUAAAAUUUUCAACACCAUUUUUAAAGUUUUAUUUGAUUCUUCUUUGCAAUUAUCUAUUCAUGAAAAAGCAUUAGAUUUAAUGAAAGUGUUUUUAGAAUUAUUUUCAAAACAAAAUACUUAUUUCAUAGAUAAGAAUUUAUUAUAAUAUUAUAUCGAACAACCUUAACAAUAAUAAUAGUAAACUGACUCAAUUUUCAAGGAAGUGACAACUCAUAGUCCUAAAUACAAAUUGUUAGAUAGAUUAUUUUAGAUGAUUGGAAUGAAAUUAGCAUAAAUUAGAAAAUAAAUAUAAUAGAUAAAAGAUAUAUUAAAUAGAACUUAGAAAUGGGGUAAUAUCAAGAAAACAACAUCUCAAACAAAUGUUUCAUCAUUGCCUUGCAAUAAUAAUGAAGCUCUGAAUGAAAAAUACAUAACUCAAUUAGAAUAGUAUAUAAAAGAGAAUGAGAUUGAAAUUGAUUAAAAUCUUAUAACUUAAUAAGAUUAAGCUGCUACCUAAGUUUUUACGUAUGAUGAUGAGGAAGAAUAUUAAGUAAAUUCCAUAAGUAUUAAUUCAUAUAAUUAAUUUGUUGAUUUUGCUAAAGAAGUUAAAUCAAAAAUAUUUGAUUAAUUAAAUGAAAUAUUAUAAAAGUUGCUACAUUUUGUAAUAACAACAAACAAGGAAAUAGUAAUGAAAUAUAAAAAUAGACCAAAUUGUUAAAUUUCAUAAAGAUUGGCACCUUUAGUUUAAGCUUAAAAUGAAGGUAAACCAUAUUUGAGUAAUUUACAAUGCCACUAUAUGUCUAAGAUUAUGAAAAAUGGAUUAAUGAUAUUUGAUGAAUUACAUGAUCAUCAAAGAAAUCAUUUCGAAAUUUUGGAUUAUAAAAAGAAAACUAUACCUACAUUUAUGCAAUUUUUCAUUUAAUUUUAAGACCCUAUAAAUUUCAAGAAUAUUUUUGAACCUAAUUCAAAGUUAUUGCUAAAGAUAUCCGUAAAUUUAAUUAAAACUUGUCCAGAAACUCAUUGUCUACCAUUAUUAUUGUAAGAUCACUUAUAAAUAUUGAGUCAUCCAGAAAAUUAGGCUUAAGCAAAGUUAUCUGUUAAAUAUUAUAUAGAAUUUCUUUUGAAUUUAUAUUUGAGAGAAUUGUAAACAACACCAGAAUUACCAUCAAGAUUUGGUUAUUGUAGAGGAAAUUAAUUGAUAUAAAUGAAUAAUUAAAAGUCAUAGAAUGUUUAAUAAAAAGAUUAGGAUGAAUACAUUUCAUUAAUUUAAAAACUAUUAAGAAUACCUAUAAGAUUAUUUCCUAGGGUGAAAUGUUAAUAAAAUGAAGAACCAAUAGUUAAACCAUUAGUAAAAUAGUUAAUUUUAUUUUUUGUAAAGAAAUCUCAUGAAACCUAUUAUCCUAUUGAUUUUUUAGGAUUAUUAUUAUCUCUUGUAAAAAGGAUAUAAAAUAACGACUAAGGUGAAGGAUUAUCAAAAUAUUUUUAAUAAUUAUGUGACAAAUAUGAUCGAAAUGACAGAUAAUAAAUUUUAUAAAGAUAAUAAUAUGAAAUCUAUCAUAAAUUAAAUUUGAGUGGUGUGAAUAUUGUUUUAAACAUGUUUGAGUUAUUUUAAACAGGAAUAGUUGAGAUUUAAGAUAUAGUUGCAGAAGUAAUCGCUAAUUUUCCUUUGUAAAAAACAAUUCAAAUAAAUUUAGCAAAACAGUAUCCCGUAUUCGCAUAGUGUUUAUUUAGAGCAUUACAUAAUAUUUCGACGAUAGAGAAUUAAGUAAUUUAAAAAACAUUGAUGUUAUUGGAAAAUAUUGUAACUAAUUUGAGUAUGGAAGAGAUGCGAGAAUUUUUCGGAGAUCUUCUCUAACCUUUUAUAGAAAAAUUAUUAACUUUUCCAUCAGAAUAUAAGAUGGCAGAUAUAUAUUCAAAAUAAGUAAAUUUAUUUUUAGAUCCAUCUUUCAAAUCUCUAAAAAUACUAUCAAAGUUGGGUGCUUUGGUUAGAAAAUCUGAAUGGCCUAUAGAAGUAAAGAGGAAUCACACAGAUAAUCCAUUUAUUAAGAAUUAAUAUUUAGAAGUGCAAAUAGAGGGGUUGUAAUAGAAUCUAAAGAUAAAUCUUUCUGAAACAGUAAGAUGUGCAGUAGAAAUUCUUCAGAAUGUAUUAGAAUAAUAAUUAGCUACAUAUUUAUUUAAACAAUCUUCUAUAUAGCAUAGUUAUUCUAUAGUGAAAAUGGUGCUUUUAGGUUAUUAUAAGAUGCCAAUAUAAUUUGAUCAUGAUUUAUAUAAUUAUUAAAUACCAGAGGGGAUGGCAUUAUAUAUGAAAUUAUAAUCUCGUUAAUGUGAAGAAGAUUCAUUGAUAAAUAAAGAUGAAGAAUUAAUAGCAGCAGUAACGAAGGUUUUUAUUGGUUUAAGCAAUUUUCAUAAUAUUAUUUAGACAAUUACAACAGCUACAUUCCAUAAAAUAAAAGAGGAUGUAGAAAAUGUAGUAACAACUUUAUCUGAAAUGUUUUUCAUUCAAUUAGCAGAUGAUCAUUGUGAAUAAAUUUAAUAACUCAAGUAAAUCAAACCAGAUAUAAAUUCUCUUUUUGCAAUGACUGAGGAUAUUGUUAAAAAAUAUCUUAGAGAAAAACCUUAAGUUAUUAAAUGGAUCUCUCAUCUUUUUAAGGGUCUAAAUAAGAGAUAUAUGCUUACAGCUGAAGAGAAUAUGAAUUUCAAAGAUUUUUAUAUUCAACAACAUGAAUUCAUUUGGAAUAAAUUGCUUAUGGGCAAUUGUCUUAAUAAAUAUAAGAAAAUACUUACUACUCAUUUUAAAAAUAAUAAUGAAAAUAUGAUAUGGGCCUAUAAUGUCUAUUAUACAGUUGUAGUUCGUUUGUUUGAAGAAUUUGUUUAUGAGAAAUUUGGAAAAUAAACCUAAUUACAGAAAGAAGAUGAUCGUCGUCGGAAAAUAUAGAUUGUUUAAUGUAAAUAUUUUAUAAUUAUUAUAUCUAGCUUAUGGAGGAACAAUGAUACCAUCUGAAGGAUUAAAUUGCAGAUCUAUUUCUAUUGAAUUACUUACUGAAAUUCAAAAUCUUAGACCUAAAUUCUAGGAUUAUUAUUCAUCAAACUAAAUCAUUGGAUUACCAUACAUACCUGAUUAAAGAAUUGUAGAAUGUUCAUUUAUUUUACUUAGAUAAUUGUCAGAAUCCAUAAAAGUUGUAUCUUAAUAACUCACUAAGAAUUUAUUAUUUUAAACUAUCAACUAAUUGAUUUAAAAUCUAAAUUUUGAUCAUUCAAAAUAACCUCAUUCACAUUAGAGUACUCUAAUUUUAUAGAAUAAAUUAAGAGAGAUUGUUAAAGUUAUAACUUAAAAUUGCAAUACAUUCAAAAAAUCAUUGUUGUAGAUUUGUACUGAAUUGUUUGAUCAUAUAAUUGCUAAUUUCUAUUAGGGUAAUCCUGGCCCAUUAUUUUAUAUGAAUAUUGGUGAAGGAAUGAAUUCUAUGUUUGAAGAACAAAUCAAACUCAUCCCUUUAGAGGAAAUUGUAGGAUUUAACUUGUAAUAGUUAUAUUGGGUUAAUAUUGACUAUUCUGAUAUCCCUAAUUCUCCAUACACUUAAAAUACAGUUAUAAGAGAAUUAGUUUUAAUCAUUAAGCAAUUAUGUGAAGAAUAGAAUAUGUCAGAUAUUACUGCACAAAGAUAUGCUAACGGGUUCAGAAUAUUAACAUAUUUAUUGUAAAAAUAAGGUAAGUAUAAAACUUUUUAGUAUUAUUUAUUUAAAAUUGUUCAAUUUAAAAAUGAACCUACUUUGAUACAAUGCAUAGAAGAAUUUGUAGAAUUAUCAUUUAAAAUCAUACAACAAAAUGAAGAAACUUAUUAUAGACAAUCUAAAAUGAUUCUCAAUAACGAUGAAUAAUAAUUAUAAAAUGCUCAUAUUAAUGUAUCUCAUGGAUUAGAUGACUUAGAAUUUAAAAUCAAUAUCGAAGACAUAGAUUUUGAAAUCAAAUGGUAGAGUUAUAUGGUUGUUGCUGUUUAUGGCUUCUUAAAAUCAAUAUCUACUUUAAACUACAUAUAUCACAUUCAAAAGCAUCUUCAAAAAAAUAUUGAUAAAAAUCAAACUGGGAAACCUACCAUCCUUGCUAUGAAAUUUAAAACAGUUGAAAUUCUAUAUGAAGGGCUUCUUAGAGUUGAAUCCAGUAUCAGGUAAGCAGGAUAUCGAUAUCUUUAAGAUUUAUUAUAAUAGGAAGGAAUUACUAAUGAUAAAACUUUAUUUGAAAAUGAUGAUCGAUUAAAAAAAGUUAUGAAACCAUUACUUACAUGUGUACAAUCUGACAUCUUUCAUUAUGUUCCUUCAUUUUUAAAGUCUUUAAAACUAAUCUUGAAAAUAUUUAGUAAAGUAUUCCAUAGGGCAUUAUCGGAUAAAUUAUAAAACCAUUUAACUCGAAUUGUUUAAGAAAAUAUUUAAUAACCUUUAGCUCCAAAUGGUUAAUUUUGCACAUUAAUGGAAUGGUUUUAUCAAUAACAUUAAUCACAAGAAUCUUUAAAUUUUUAGAUGGGUAUCAUAUCUGGACUUUUAAAAUUAUUUUAGCAUUUAACAUCUUAACUAACAAAUCCAUCAAAUGGAUCUUAAGUUAUCAAUAUUGUCUAGAAAAUUAUUACUGACACAAAUAAUCUCAGACGUAAUUACGUUUUUAAAGUUUCAUAAAUGUAAUUAAAUUCAUGUAUCGAUAAGCCAUUAGUUAAAUUCUUAAACACUUUGGCUGCUAAUUACUUUGAUGUCUUCUAAUCAUCUUAUAAUGUAGGUUAAAUCUAAUAAUUUUAAAGAUAAUUAGAAGGAGUCAGUUCGCUAUUAUCUAAUUAAACACCUAUCAAAGGACUCUGGGAAUAAUUGAGGGAACGUCUUCAAUAUAUUAAAACAGUAAGAUAAGUUAUUUCUGAACCGACAGCAUUCCCCUUAAGAGAAAAAUUAUGUAGAGAAAAAAGUCAAUUAGCACACAGGAUGGAACGUUUUAAUAAAUUCAUUGAAGAUUUAAGUUCUGCUUUAGAAAAAGGAUUAUUAAAUGUUUAAACUCCCUUAAAUCCAGAGUUAUAAUAAUCAUUUCAUUAAUCUUAUCUUUAAAAAUUAAUUAAUGUCAUAAGUGAAAUCAAGAUAGAGAUUGUUUAAUUUGGCUUUUAACUAUGCAAAAGAAACCCAUCUUGUUUAAAAAAAAAUAAUUAUUUCUUAGAAAAUUGUAUCUUAAAUAAUAUAAAAGAUCUUUUGGAUAAAUAAAAAUAAAAUAAUUUAAAUAGAAAAGUUUAAUAGAGUCAAUUGCAAUAAGCUUAUAAUCAAUUAAUACUUUCAAAUUAAUAAAUCAAUAGUUUGUUAAAUAGACAUUGUAGCAUGUUGAAAUAAUUCAUUUCCUAAAAUGAAGACUGCAAAAUAGCUAUUUAAGGAAUGUUAAGGUUGAUACUUUAUUCUACAUAAGAUAAAGUAAAGAAAUGGGUUUUGAAUGUAGCAAUGAAUAAAUCCAUAUCAUUAAGAAAAAGAAUCAUUGAAAUUUGGAUAGAAAAUUUCAAGUUUUCUGAUGAUGAUCAUAUCAAUCAAGUUUAAAUGAUUAUUGGAUAUCAUGUAAUCUAUCCUAUUUUAUUUCAUUCUAAUCAAAGAAAUGAUUUAAAUUAAAUAAGUUAAUUAUCUUUAUUUUAGAGAAUGAAAGAGGUUAACGAUGAUUUUUUUAAAUAUUAUGGAAAAAUUUUAAGUGAUAUUGAACAUAAUUGCCCAAUGAAUUUUACUUAUAAAUUACCUAAUAAUUUAACAGCAAAGCUUUCUGAUGUAAAUCACUACUACAAAUCAUCAGUGAUAGAUAUGCUUUAAAUUAGUUCUUAUUUAUUAUGCUUUUAAGAAUAAUAAUUACCCUCAGACUUAAAGAUGUCAUUUUUAUAAUUUGGAUAUGAAAUGAUUAAUAAAUCAGAUAAAUUAGUAGCAUUUCACGCUAAUUUUUAUUUUAGCAAAUUCCUUAAAAAAAUUGGAUUAAUUUAAAAUGAUCCUAUAUCUGUAAAUAAGAGAUAUUUGAAAAUAUACAACAAAGCCUUAAAAUAAUUAGAUGAGAGUGGAUAAUCAGAAUAGGAAUUAUCUAGUUUAUGUAAGAAGAUAUUUAGUGUUGUAUUACCAUGGUUAGAUUAAGUAGAGGUACAAGAUCAAAAAGAUUGGAUACAAGCAACUUAGCAGUUACUGAAAUAAGAAUCAUCUAAUCUAGAUUAUGAGUAAGUAUCAAAGAUUACUAGAUUUUGGUCAAUGUUUAUUAAGAAUCAUAAGAUUUUUCAUAAGCAUCAUGAAUCAUUUACAAUCCAUAUUAUUAAUUCUAUGUAAUAGAUAGGAUUUUUUAAUUAAAAUUAAUAGCCUCAAUAGCAAAUAAUAACUAAUAGUUAUCAAAAUUAUAGAAGGAUAGCAUUGGAUUUGGCAUUUCUAUAAGUGGAAUGGAAGACUAAAAUGAUAAAAAAGGACUUGUUAUAAAAUAAUUUAAAGAAAUUCCGUGAUUCCUUUUAUCAAAGUGAAGCUUAAAAUCAUGAUGAAUCAUUAUCGAGUGAAAUCUACUAAUCUUUUUUCAUCAAACAGUCCCUAAAAGCUCAUAAUAUAGAGGAUGCUGAGCUUUAGAAGAGAGCAUUAUAUUUAUUUAAAAAAAUAUUAAUAAUAGCUCCACUUACAAAUUACAAGAUGAAUAUGGAGACUGUGAAAAAAAAUAUAGCAAACCUUAUGAAUUAAAUAGUGGAACCUUAGUAAGGAAACUCUACAAUAAGAACUAUGUCGAUAUAACCGACAGCUUCAUCUUAUUUUAGAUAUUUUUUAAUCGUAUUACACAUACUGACAAUAAUUGCAGAGUUUUAACCUGCAAAUAAGAUAAAUCAAUUGUAUUAACCCUUUUUUGAUAUUAUCUUUCGUAUGAAUUCAUUGCCAGAUUAAGUUCAAUAAUAAAUGCCUCCUAGACCAAAUGCAGGAAGGAUUCCCCCAACUUAACCUAGACAACCUCCUCCUUAAUAAAGGGUAUAAUACAAUCAACCUCCAUAGGAUCGAAGUCAAUAACAUUAAAAUGCUUUAAGUUAGGAUCACGCUCCUCUUGUUUUUAAAAUUUUUAACCUUUUUAGAAAGCUUAUAAAGAAUGCAAAGGAAAAUUAGAAUGAAUAGAGUGAAUAAUUUUUAAAUUAAGUUUCAAAUUGGGUAAAGGAAACAAUACAAUAACAUCCACAAUUUAAAAGAAAUACUUAAUAGACAAUGAAUUAAUUCAUGGCAGCCAGAAUUCCAAAUUAAAUAUUAAAAGUUAAUAUUUUAUCGAUAUUUUUGUUGAAACUGUUUUUCAAUCAUGAUUUUAGUUAUGUGAGACCUUUAUUAAGUUCAUUAAAGAGAAUAAUAGAGAUGUUAAUUGAGUAUUUAAAAUAGAAAGAUAAGGGAGAACAAUAUUUGGACAAUAUGAGGAAGUAUACAAUUUUAAAGAAACAAUUCAAUAUUAAAGAGAUAGAAAAAUUGGAGAAUGAUUCUUAAAAGCAAUAUACUCAUUCUGAUUUAUCUUCAUAUAUCAGUGAUUUUGGAUUGAUGACGGAUGAUUUUCCAUUUGGAAUGAAAUUGAGUGAUGAAAUGCUAUAUUUUCCAGAGGAAUUUCCUGAGAAUCAGAAAAUUAAGUUCCAUUUGUAUAGAUCAGCUCUUUAAAAGACAGUUAAGAUGAUAGCUUAUAAUUUUGAUGAGAUUAAAGAUUAGAAAGAAUAGGUUGAAUUUUUACAAUAGUUAAUUUGGAUAAUAGAAUCAGUACCUGAUUAUGAAUUGAAAUUAGAAUGUAUAGCAAUAUUAAGAAUGUUAUUUAUCAAUGGAAUAUCGAAUAAAGAAGGAUAUUUAUAAGCUAUAUCAGUUUAUUUAUCACCAGUGAGAUCAUUCCAGGUGAGAUAGGAAUUGAAUAGAAUGGAAGAUAAUUUACAAUUCAAACCAUCUAAGAUGUCAUAGGAAUAAUAAUUGAUUUUCUUUUUUGAUUUGACUAAAUUUUAAAGUGUGUUUGAUAAAAAGAUUGAUUAAAGAAGUUCUGAUAGUUAUGAUAAUCAACAUGGAAAGAUACAAGAUUUAAAAGUUUUAAAGUUAUACUUUAUGUUUUUAUGUGAAUUAUUGUUGGUCUACCCAUUUAAGAAAUAAUAAGGAUCUAUUAAUAGUGGUUUUUAUCUAUUAAAAAAUAUAUUUGAUAGAGGCAACGGUUCCUUAAGAGAAUUUAGACGCAUAUUGUAAGUAAUUAGUAAAUUGAGUACAUGUUUAGAUUACUUGUAAUUUUUCUAUAGAAUGAUACUUGAUAUUUAUGGAUACACUUAUGAUAGAUUUCUGCAAUUUGCAUUUGGAGAUCCAAGUUGUAAGUAAUAAGAUUAACCUCUACAAACAGAAGGAGAGGAGAUCAUGUUAAUGGCAGUUAAAUUCUUGAUGUUAGGUAGAGGACAAAUGAUAUUUCCUAAAGAAUUCUAUCCAACUCAACCUAAUCAGAUUAUUGUUUAAGUGGUAUCAAAAGAUGAAGACUCCACUAUGAGAGAACAAGUACUCAACAAAUAUUUAGCUAUUUAUUAUAGAAAAUAAUAUUGGUCAAAGCUGUAUAAUUCAUGUAUUAAACUAACCACAAGUGAAUAUCUUCCAUCUAUUGUUAUUUAUAAUCUAUCCUAUAUCCCAAUCUAAGAUUAGCCAUAAUAACCUUUAAGAGAAUGUAUUAUACCAAGUGCUGCCAUCGAGUUAAUGGGCACAGCUGCUAAUGUAAGUAGUCGCCUGCUUAAACCUAUUUUUAAUCAAGUUAUUCUAUGUGACAUCAAAACCAUCACUCAAAUUACUGAUUAUAUAUCAAAACAAUCUAUUUCUUAUGGAACUCUACAAACUAUAUCUAAUUUCCUAGUAUAAUAGAUUCUAUCUCAUAUUACCAAUAUUUAUGAUUUUAUGGAGAAUCAUCAAACUCAUUUUAAUUUCAAUAAUUUAAUUAUGUGUUUAAGAUAAAAGAAUCUAUUACCCUUAGCCUAAUAUUUAUUAGAAUUCAUUUACUAAUAUUUGAUGGAAGAUUCAAAUUAUUGCUCACAAUUAAAUGAAGAUAUUCUCGUAUAAUUGCAAGGAAUAUACUAAGAAUAAUGGAAUAAGUAAUGUUUACUUGGAUGUAAAGCUAUAACUGUUACUCAACCUUGGGUUAGAUAGUUAGUAUUAAUGAAUCAAUUAAGAGAGCCGGCUCAAUCAUAUUAAUUAAUUUUAGGCAAUUAAGAAACUAUUGAUCAAUUUUGGAUGUAAUUAGAAUACGAAACUCAUGAAGUUCUAGGUAUUCAAAAAGAAUAUGAUCAAUAAAUAAUUCAUUAAUUAUUUACUGAAUCACUAUAACAAUUAAAUCAAUGGAAUACACUAAAACAAAUAGAUUAGAGUAAAGUUUAGGAGGUUUAAAAUAAAAUUUUAAUGGGUUUUCGUGAAAGACAGAGAGAUACAACAGAUUAAGGAUGGAAAGAAUUAAAUGUAUUAUAAGAAAUGAAACCAAAUAUGUAAUAGAAUGAUUUGUAUUGUUAUAACUAGGCUUAUUUUAAAUUAUUAGAUUUUGUUAGAGAUGAAGCAUCUUUAAACCAACAUGGAAGAGGAGGAAAUCAUGUUUUAUAAUCAAUUGAAUAAAAUUUAAAAUAUGCUUAAAUAAUCAAUUGCUAUAAUUUCAUUAAGACUUUACCUAAACUUUCCUAAUCAUAUGAGUAAAUGAUGUCUUCCCCAUAAUUGUGGGGCAAUAAAUUCCUUAAUUUUGUAUCUUAAUUUUAAUUGUAUACUGAAUUAGAUGAAAGUCUUCGACAGUAUGCUCCUACAUAGCCUACUUAUGCUGGUUAAGCUUAAAAUGCUUAUGAUUAAUUAUUAGAUAUCAUAUCAAAUGCAUACUAGUCAAGUCUAUCAUGCAAAAAGUACUUUUUUGAAAGAUAACCAACAAUAAUUGAUUAAUAAGAAUUUACUUUUGAUUUAAUCAGUUAACGAAUGGUCUAAUUGUAAAUGUGUCUAUAACGUUUUAAUGGAUAAUUAAACCAAUUAUUAAACAAUUAAUAACUGCCUUCAAAUGGCACUCUAGAUUAAAAGAGUUAUUAAUUAGCUGCUUUGGAUUAUAAGACUCUUUUGUAUCCAAUGAGAUAUUAUCAAUAGAAUGGCAUAUUUGGAUUAUUUGAUGAAUAAUCAAUUCUAAAAGAAGUGCCAAAACCAUUAUAAGUCUAUGCAGAGAAAGUUUAUCAAUUAGAGAAAAUUAAAUUCAAGACUAUAAAGUUUUAGGAUGUCGACAAUAAUUAAUAGAGUUUGACAGAACUUCUCAGUUAUUUUAAUUCUUUAUAAUUAGGGACAUAUAGUGCUGAGGAAUUCAAAAACUAUAUGAUUAGUAAAAUUAGAAGAUAUAAGAUGAUUAAUUAAUUCUAUAAAUUGUUAAGAUUAGACCAGCAAACAGAAUCUUCUGGUAUGUAGAUUGAAGAACAAAAAUUAGAGAUUAUGGUCAGUUAAACUAAUGAAUUCUUUAUAUAGAAUUAAACAAACUAUUUAAAAUUCUGGAAGGAAGCCCAUAAAAUUUAUUAACUUGCUCAUAAGAAGUAUAGUAAUAAUAUAAAGUUUGCUCAUCAUUAUAUCUAGAUUACACCUUUAAGUAUGUAAUAUAAACCAUAAAAAUUCCCCAUUACAGGUAUGUAUAUGUUUCAUAUUCUUAAUAUUACUAAUCCUACUGAUUCUAUUGUGACAGAUGCAUUCUCUCAAAUCAUUGGUACAAUACCCUUACAUUUAUUACAAAGAUUUAUCACCUAAUUAAUAUCAACUUAUCUCUAAACUCCAUGUGAAUCUACUAGAAAAGAUUGUUUAAAUGCUAUUAAUAAAUUAUGUAUCUACAAUCCUCUUAACAGCUUAUAAUUUAUUUAAUAUCUAAAAAGUCUAGGAUAAUGUAAUGAUGAUAGAUCAUAAUAAUUAAUCAAUUCAAUUCAACAAUCUUCUAAAUUAAAUUUAAAAAUUGCCUCCAUCUACUCAUUAAAUUAUCUUUAAAAUUCUAUCUUUGAUCAUCAAGUUUGGGAUUAUGUUGAAGAAAUUAUUUAUAAUUGUGGAAAAAUCUUAGAUUCAAAUUACUUUGAAAUUCCAUCAAGUAAUCUAAAUGAAAGAUGUCAAAUUAUUUUAAAUAUCAUUCAAAAAAAUCAAUAAAUUAAAGAAAUGAUAAAGCAGUAUUGCUAAUUAAAUGAUUUAAAUAAACAACUCAAAAAUGAUCAAAUUCAUACUAUAUAACUUGUUUAUUUAGCUGCUUUAAAAUGUAUAUACAUUAAUCUCUUUAGAGUCAACAUGAAUUCUAAAGAAGAAUUCCCAUUAUAAUUAAGUAAUUCUAUCAAUUCCUUUAUUCCUAAAUAAAUUUAAAUUGAUGAAUUGUAUGCCAUCAACGAUGAAUUCUAGAUGAAUCAACUUCCUAUGUUAGGAUUUGAAGGUUAAAUCAAAAGAACUUAAGCUUAUGAAACUAUUUACAUUACUAAUAUGUUUCCGACCAUUCAUAUUAUAUUUUUAAGGAGAAAACGAUUCAUAAGAUAAAUAGCCUUGUUGGGAAAUGAUGAAAAAAAAUACCUCUUCCUUUUAAAAACUAAAAAGAUUGAAAAUAAAAAAACAACUCAAAAUAUUCUAGAUGAACAAAUUUCAUCUUAAUUUAUCAAAAUGACCAACAUCUUGAAUUAAAAUUAUAAAGAAACAAAAAUUAGAAAUGUAAAGCAUAUGAUAUCAGAUAAAUAUCUCUUAGAAUAUUAAAAAUAAAAUUAUCAAUUAGAACCAUAUCAAGAAGAAACAUAUAAUCUUAAUAAUAUCCUAGACACCAUUCUCUAAAUUUAGUAUCAUGCUAAUCCCAAAAAUGAUUCCUCCAUAAAAAUACCUUACUAUAAGUAAUUAUUAAAUAAUUAUUAUACUAUAGUCCCUAAGUUGAAAAAGAUUAUUUAAAAAAAUAGGAUUUAACUAAUUAUAUACUGAGAUUUUCAAAAACAAUUGACACUUUUAUAUAAUUAAGAAAAAUUAUUGUUAUAAACAUUGGUGUUCAUUUUGCUCUAUCUUUUACUAUGGCCAGUAGCUAAUCACCUAAAUAAUUAGAAAACCUACAAAUUAAUUUGAGCAAUGGAAAUUUUUAUCAGAAAAAAUAUCUAUUCAAAGUAAAUAAUAAUAGGCUUACUUUAUAUGAUCCAUUUGCUAUUAGAUAUUCAAGAAAUAUUGAACAUUUAGUUGGCUAAGUCAAUCUAAAUGCAUAUUUAAUACCAACAUUUACAGCAACCAUUAUUGGUAUUCUAAAUAUCGAGUAAAAUCAUUUAUUUAUUAAUUUUUAGUCUUACUGAUUACUUAAAUGUUGUUUUUUGGUAAUUAGGAUGCAGGGAUUCACUUGAACCAUUUAUUAAAAAAUUACAAGAUGUUGUUUAUGAAAAUGAAGUUAUAGAUUCUAAAUGUGAUAGAUUAAUUGCGAUUUCGAAGAAUUUAUUCAGUGGCUAAGAGAAACUUAAAUUAUGGGUUAAAAAAUGGUUCUGAU